CAGUUCCUUCGCGAUCGUCUCGGUGUUCACAUGUACGAGUCAUAACUCGUUCGAGAAACGGCUCAGUGUUAUUGUUUUUUUUAUUUCAUUCUCUCAGCGUUAACACAGCUGAUAGACAGAUAGCCGGAGGCUCGGAGGUCACCAACGGUAACCGGCAUUGACACGAAGGUCUUUGAAGGCCAGCCGACUGAAAAUUGGGAUAACACUUCGGGCAGUUCAGCGGAGAAAUUACGUGAUCGGUGACGAUAAUUACUUUCACUUGAUACCGUACGUGACAUAAUCGGCUAAAAGUUCAAUUGUUUGCUGCCGUUCAUUCGAGGAACCUUUUCCGUUCACCAUGAGGGCUGCUCGAUUGAUCUGCUUCGCAGUAAUUUUGCUAAUUGCAUUUUCUUCACUAACAGAUGCUCAAUGGUUCGGCAGUAAAAAAAAGAAGGAAGAAGACCCAAACGUAUCGUUGCUUUCGUACGCUCCGAUCGAUCCAGACGCUGUUCCUCCGCAACCUGUCGUCACAUCGACAACGACCAGCACGACAACGCCGGCACCCACAACCACUAAGAAGAAGGGAUUUUUCGGUGGUCUUUUCGGAGGAGGUAGCAAAAAGGAAAAGGAAGCGACAACAACCACCACCACAACAACUACUCCCAAGCCAACAACGACCACCACGACAAAGGCACCGACCACAACAAAAAAAUCUGGUGGAUUCUUCGGUGGCCUUUUCGGAGGAGGAAAGAAAGACAAGACAACCACUACUGUUGCUCCCAGUACGACAAAAGCCGUUCCCACAACGACCGCAAAAUCCGCAGCUCUAACGCCAACCGUAAAAGCUGCUGUUCCAAGUACGACAGCAACUCCAACCACGAGCACAGUGAAAUCUCCAACUGCCAAAGACGUCCCCAUUCCCACGGUACCAACUACAGCGGCUACCGUUCCGAAACCUCCACCAAUUCCACCCAAACCCGUAUCAUCUACUCCGAAAUCAAUCGAUCCCUUCCCAGCUUUGCCAGCGAAAGCUGGAAGUCCCACACCUGCUUCUGUUCCAACCUCUACCGUAGCCAGUGCAUGGAACAAACCUCUACCAACGCAGCCACCAGCUUCUCCAGCAGCCGGUAAGCCGGGUGUUAGUUUUGUCCCGACUCAACCUCCGGCACCAGGAGCCACUAGUAAGGGAACCACUCCACGGUACAGUGAAGGACCAACAGCAACGGACGAGGAAUUGGCCACACUAGCCGAGCAACUUUUCUCCAAAGACACAAGCCAACUGAACAAACAUGUUCGAUCAAACUACCAACGUCAGACACUGUCAUCAUCUUCCCUGGACGAAGCCCCUGAACCUUUCCUCUCCGUGGACGAACGUCAAGUAUAUGCCGUACCAACGAUCGAAAAGAUGCGAGCCCUGUUUAACAACUACGAGCUGGACACAAUGGUCAACGAGUACGUAACUCCGAUGGAGAAGAAAGAGGAAAACGAUUUCGUGGAUGCCCUGCUGGCCACGAACGUCAUGCGAACCGCGAUGCUGUUCCUGCAGAAGAAGGGCGUUGUGACGGCCGACCCGAAGACACACCACGAGCUGCUGAAAACAAUCUGGUUCCAGCUGUACUCGCGAGGUAACGGCAAAAUCGGCAGCUCCGGCUUCGAGCACGUCUUUCUGAACGAAGUCAGCAACGGAACCAUGAUCGGUCUGCACAACUGGGUGUACCUGUACGAGCAGGAAAAGUCCGGCCACCUGGACUACCAGGGUUACAUCAAGAAGUUCGACCUGGGAAGCAAAGGAGAGAUCGCUAAAAUUAGACUUACCUUCGACAAGCUCACCAAACCGUCCAAUUCGCUGUUUGUGGCAACUUCCCCCGAGUUGGAGAUAGCCCUUUACACGGUAUGCUUCCAAAUGCGACCGGAUACCGAGUGCCCGUUGGCGUUUAACGGUAAAAAGUUCACCAUCAAAACCUUCACCUUCCGCUAUCGGGGCAAGAAUCUGAUCGGAGGUGCUUGGCCCAACUUUUAGAACGAACGACGAGCAGCUCUUUCUCUCUGAUUUGUUAUACUCAAACAGUUUUACGCACUUUUGUACUAUUCUGUAUAUUUUUAUGUUAGAAAUAUAAACACUU